AGAACAGCUGCGCACUGGUCACCCUUCUGCCCAGCUGAGAGCACACGGGACACACACCCCUCUUCUUUACUCCGGAUAUUUCUGGACAAUCUCGUCGAGAUUUCGCCAUGGCACCCGAACCACAAGCUGACAUUGCCCUUAUUGGACUGGCAGUCAUGGGUCAGAACCUGAUCCUGAACAUGAACGACCAUGGAUUUGUGGUCUGUGCCUUUAACCGUACGGUGUCCAAAGUGGAUGACUUCCUGGCUAAGGAGGCGAAGGGGACGAAGGUUGUGGGCGCUCGCUCGCUGGAGGAGAUGGUCGCGAUGCUGAAGAAGCCCCGGAGGGUCAUGAUGCUGGUCAAGGCUGGGUCAGCAGUUGACGCCUUCAUCGACAAACUGGUCCCUCUGCUAGAGAAGGGUGACAUCAUCAUCGAUGGAGGAAACUCCGAGUACACAGACUCCAGGAGAAGGUGUGCAGCUCUGAAGGAGAAGGGUCUUCACUUUGUGGGCAGCGGGGUGAGUGGAGGUGAGGAGGGGGCGAGGUACGGACCUUCCCUCAUGCCUGGGGGAUCUCCUGAAGCCUGGCCACACAUCAAGCCAAUCUUCCAGAGUGUUGCAGCCAAAGUUGGCAAAGAGCCUUGCUGUGAUUGGGUUGGUGAGGAUGGUGCGGGCCACUUUGUGAAGAUGGUUCACAACGGGAUAGAGUACGGAGACAUGCAGCUGAUCUGUGAGGCCUAUCAUCUCAUGAAGGAUGUGCUGAAGAUGGACAACGAUGAGAUGAGCCAGGCCUUUACUGAGUGGAACAAGAGUGAGUUGGACUCGUUCCUGAUCGAGAUCUCGGCAAACAUCCUGAAGUUCCGCGAUGACGAUGGGAAACAUCUGCUGGACAAGAUCAGGGAUGCUGCUGGACAGAAAGGAACUGGGAAGUGGACGGCUAUCUCAGCCCUGGACUAUGGCAUGCCAGUCACCCUCAUAGGUGAGGCUGUGUUUGCCCGUUGUCUGUCCUCCCUACAACUGGAGCGUGUGGAAGCCAGCAAACAGCUCCCCGGCCCCAACGCACCCACGUCCAAAAUAGACAAGCCUGCUUUUGUCGAGCAAAUCAGAAAGGCCCUGUAUGCCUCCAAGAUCGUGUCGUACGCGCAGGGCUUCAUGCUUCUCCGCGAGGCGGCGCGCCAGUUCAACUGGAACCUGAACUACGGAGGCAUCGCUCUGAUGUGGAGGGGAGGCUGUAUCAUCAGGAGCCGUUUCCUUGGUAACAUCAAGGAGGCUUUCGACAAGAACCCCAACCUGACCAACCUGCUGCUGGACGACUUCUUCAAGACGGCCAUCGCCGACUGCCAGGAGUCCUGGAGGCAAGUGGUGUCCAUGGCAGUGACAGCAGGAGUGCCUGUCCCAGCCUUCAGCACUGCGCUGGCGUUCUAUGAUGGCUACAGGUCUGCCAGGCUGCCUGCCAACCUCAUCCAGGCCCAGCGCGACUACUUUGGUGCCCACACCUAUGAACUGUUGGACUCUCCUGGCAAGUUUCACCACACCAACUGGACUGGCACCGGAGGGGACGUGUCAGCGGGCACCUAUAACGCUUAGUCAAGUCAUUGGGCACUUACAAACACUGCAGAGGACACCACUGCUAAGUACUGUAGUAAACAAAGAUAUAAUACAUGUACAUUUUUACACGGCAUCUAUUUUUGAGUCCCAUUAGCAUUGAAAUGAUAGAUUAUGUAUGGAAAAAGAAUAGGUUAAAUUGCUUACUGGAAGUCUAUGAUGGUGUUGGUCACCAGUUUCAUGUUAUAAUGCAAGUAAGCAUUGACUUUGAGACAGGAAAUGCACUUUUGGCAGAGGAAAGUGUAGGGUGCUAUCUACACUAGUAACACUAUUAUAGUAAGUGUACUAAUAGGCCUUUGGCAGAAUGUAUUAAAUUUUACAUACAUUUGUGCUUCUGCCAGGUGUCCCAAAUUUUGAGAUUGUAUAAUCUAUUAAGUGGAAAUUACAUACUUCCUUAUAAGUCAUACUCGAGUUGGUCAUAUCUUCCACUUUUCAUUUGUUAACAUUCUGUAGGACCAGAUCUAAAGUACAUACAUCUGUAGACCAGCAGGGCUUUUGUUACUGACAUUCCAAUAUGUAUUAUUUACUGUAGCGUAAAUGUGUGGGACAAGGUAAACGGAACUUCAGACAUCUGCUUUUCUUGCUACUACUGCUGUGCACUCAGUCCUUGAUGACAAUGCUUAACGUUACAUAAUGAUUAGCCAUUAAAAAAUUAUAAUAAUUCUUGUAAUUUUCUGCAGUUGUUUGGUUACGUGUCCUGAAUUUUCAUUUCUGGAUUGGUGACACCGUUUAAUGAGAUACAGAAUUGAAUAAUCAAUCUAGCAGAUUUACUAACAGAGUAUGUGCAAUUAUACAUGUACCCAUGGACAAACUGAAACAAGUCAGAUUUGACAGAAGACUUGUUCAAUGAAUUCUAGCACUUCCACAUGGGGCUUACUACUUGUUGUUUGCUGCAUUUUUAUUGCAUCAAACAUUGUGUAGCUUUACAACAACUAUACACACAUAUCCAAAAUAUUCUGGCUAAAACAAUAAAGUGUGUAGUUUCUGGAA